CGGAAGCGAAGGAGCCCGACGCGCCGUAGGACUUCAUGGCCGCGCCGGUGUGAUACAUUUUUUUUUCUAAUUAUCAUUAUCAUUAUUUAUCCCCCCCCCUCCCCAUGUUUCGGCCAUGUCCAAAAGCCUGAAGAAGAAAAACCACUGGACUAACAAAGUCCACGAGAGUGUGCUUUGCAGGAAUAAGGAGGGGGUGCUCGGGUUCGAGUUGAAAGGAGGCGCCGAGAACGGACAGUUCCCCUUCAUCGGAGAGGUAACGCCGGGCAAAGUGGUGUGCCCCAGCGGCAAACUAUCCCAGGACCAACUACUCCUGGAAGUGAACGACACGCCGGUGGCCGGGCUCACCACCAGAGACGUGCACGCAGUGGUCCGGCACUGCAAGGACCCCGUCCGUCUGAAAUGUGUCAGGCAAGGGGGCGUGAUAGACAAGGACCUGCGCCACUACCUUAACCUGCGCUUCCAGAAGGGCUCAGUGGACCACGAGCUGCAGCAGAUCAUCCGCGACAACCUCUAUCUCCGCACCGUCCCCUGCACAACCCGGCAGCCCAAGGAAGGAGAGGUCCCUGGGGUGGAUUAUAAUUUUGUGACUGUUGACCGGUUCAUCGAGUUGGAGAAAAGUGGAGCCUUGCUAGAGAGCGGAACAUAUGAAGAUAACUAUUAUGGCACCCCCAAGCCUCCAGCCGAGCCCAGUGCUCUGCUGCUGAAUGUAACAGACCAGCUGCUGCCGGGUGCCAGACCUAGCUCCGAGGGCAAAAGGAAACGUAACAAGUCAGUCAGCAACAUGGAGAAGGCCAGCAUCGAACCCCCUGAGGAGGAAGAGGAGGAGAGGCCUGUUGUCAAUGGCAACGGUGUUGCCGUCACCCCAGAGUCGAGCGAGCAUGAAGACAAGAGCACAGACGCCUCGGGGGACACCCCCUCACAGAGCGGCCCAGGAGAGGCUCCAGCCAUAGGGCUCAAGGACGAGGGAUGUUCCCCCAAGAUGGCAGCCCUCAAAGCGGAGGAGAACGAUGAACUGGGUCCACUGCCAGACAACUGGGAGAUGGCAUACACAGAGAAGGGAGAGGUCUACUUCAUAGAUCACAACACCAAGACAACAUCGUGGCUGGACCCGAGGCUCGCAAAGAAGGCAAAGCCGCCUGAGGAAUGCAAAGAGGACGAGCUUCCGUACGGCUGGGAGAAAAUUGAUGACCCCAUUUACGGCAGCUACUAUGUUGACCAUAUAAACCGGAGGACCCAGUUUGAGAACCCUGUCCUGGAGGCGAAGAGGAGACUCCAGCAGCAGCAGCAGAUGCAAAGCCAGGGUUUGUCCUCACUGCCCCUUCCCACCAUCUACAGAGAGAAGCCCCUUUUCACGCGGGACCCCACCCAGCUCAAGGGCAGCUUCCUGUCUACUGCCCUGCAGAAGAGUAACAUGGGCUUUGGCUUCACUAUCAUCGGAGGGGACGAGCCUGAUGAAUUUCUGCAGGUCAAGAGCGUCAUCCCAGAUGGGCCUGCUGCAGCAGAUGGGAAGAUGGCCACAGGUGAUGUCAUCGUCUACAUCAAUGACGUUUGCGUCUUGGGCACCACCCACGCUGACGUAGUCAAACUUUUCCAAUCGGUGCCCAUUGGCCAGAGUGUGACCCUGGUGUUGUGUCGCGGUUACCCUCUGCCCUACGACCCAGAGGACCCUGCCAGCGCCAACAACACUGCCACUACCAUCAUCUCCCCGCUGGGCAUCAUGGAGCAGCGGCCCAUCAUGGUCAACGGCAGGACCGGCUACGAUAAUUACCUGGACUACAUCUCGCGCACGGCGCGCUACGUCACCGACCACAGCCAGGACCAGGCCGGCGGCCAGCAGCAGCUGCUCACCCCUCACCCGGGCGACACCCAUCUAGAUGGCUCGCUCCCACCCACUACAGGCACGACACCCCCCGACAGCGUAUCCAUGGCGUCAUCAGGGGCAACGCAGGGGGAGUUACUGAACCUGACCAUGGUAAAGGGCAUGGAUGGCUUCGGCUUUACUAUCGCCGACAGCACCACGGGCCAGAGGGUCAAGCAGGUGCUGGAGCCCCAAGGCUGCCCAGGCCUGUGUGAGGGGGACCUGAUCGUGGAGAUCAACCAGCAGCCUGUCCAGGGCUUCACACACACCCAGGUGGUAGAGCUGCUGAAGGAAUGUGCCGUGGGAGCUGAGACCAACCUGGUGGUCCAGAGGGGCGGCACAGGUCACUAUUCACCCUGGAAGACCUCUAAGCAGGUGCUGGAGCAGUGGGAGUCCCAGCAGGGUCAGGGCAGCCCCGCUCAGACCAGCCUAUCAGCCCCCAUUGUCCCCCACAGCGCCCCCUUCCCUAGCCACCACCUUCACAGGGCCUCGGUUCCAGAGUCGGCCACCGAAGCCCUGGCCCUGGCCAAGCCCGACCCCAUUGACCUGUAUGAAAAGUCCAGGGCGAUCUAUGAGAAUAGGCAGCCCGGCCAGCCACGAACAGCGUUUCCUGCAGAGCCCUCAGGAGCAGAGUACCAGGACAUCGAGGUCCACCUCCGCCGACAGAAGUCCGGCUUCGGGUUCCGGAUCCUCGGCGGGGACGAAGCGGGGCAGCCCGUGAGUCUGGAGACGCGUGAGAAGAUCUUGAUCGGGGCCAUCAUCGAGAAGAGUCCAGCAGACAGAGACGGGCGCCUGCGGCCGGGCGAUGAGCUGCUGUUCGUGGAUGGCAUCCCGGUGAUGGGGAAGCCUCAUCGAUACGUCAUCGACUUGAUGCACGGGGCAGCGCGUAACGGCCAAGUCAACCUGGUCAUCAGGAGGAGGUCACCGGCUGCAGGUGAGGCCUGUCCGGAGAACGGCCGCAGCCCGGGGUCAGUGUCCACCCAGCACAGCUCCCCGCGCAGCGACUUCACCUAUGCCAACAACACCGACGCCACCCCGCCACCCGGCGCUGCCAGCGGGAGCAACAAUGCCACUUCUGAUGGGACCCCAAGCGUGCCGCCCAGCGAUGUCGUUAUCAACCGAAAGGAGAGCGAGGGCUUCGGCUUCGUCAUCAUCAGCUCGCUUAACCGGCCCGAGACAGCCACCGCCAUCCCCGUGCCCCAUAAAAUCGGGCGCAUCAUCGAGGGCAGCCCAGCGGACCGCUGCGGGAAGCUGAAGGUGGGAGACAGGAUACUGGCGGUCAACAGUCAGUCCAUCGUCAGCAUGCCGCACGCAGACAUCGUCAAGCUCAUCAAGGAUGCGGGCCUCAGUGUCACCCUGAGAGUCAUACCGCAAGAAGAGCUGAGCAACCCCCCGUCUGCGCCCAGCUCUGAGAAACAGAGCCCGAUGGCCCACCAGCACAGCCCCAAGACCCAGCCAGGCCCGGCGCCCUCCCAGCCCAGCCCCGGAGCCUCUCAGCCCAGCCUGGCAGCGACAGAGCCCAGCCUCCCCAUUAGCCAUGCCAGCCCCGUUGUGGCCCAGCCGGGCCCCGUGCCUCACCAGAGCCCUGUGGCCCAGCCACCGGCCCCACCGCCCACCCAGAAUUACGCCCAUGAAAGCAGUUACAGGUCAGAGGUGAAGGCGCGGCAGGACGUCAAGCCAGACAUCCGACAGCCACCGUUCACAGACUACCGGCAGCCCCCGGUAGACUACCGCCAGCCACCCACGUUGGACUACAGACAUCCACCUCUGCUGGACUACAGACAGCUAGCUACCGACGCCAGGCAGUUCGCCAUCCCAGAUUACCGAAUGCCGCCAGUCCAACUUACCCAGGACUUCGACUUCUUCACAGUGGAGCUGGAGAAAAGCGUGAAAGGUUUCGGCUUCAGCAUCCGCGGAGGACGGGAGUACAAGAUGGACCUAUUUGUCCUGCGCUUGGCAGAGGACGGACCAGCGAUCCGCAAUGGGAGGAUGAGGGUCGGAGAUCAAAUCAUCGAGAUCAACGGAGAGACUACCAGGGACAUGACCCACGCCAGGGCCAUCGAACUGAUCAAGUCUGGGGGCAGGCGAGUUCGACUCCUCCUGAAAAGGGGCACGGGGCAGGUCCCAGAGUAUGACAAUGCUGCCCCAUGGGAUGCUCGCCCUUCAGCCUCCCCAAGUCUGUCGGAAGUAGCCCCUCCCGUCGACAGCCUGUCCAUAUCAUCGCCUUCAUCUCACCUGGCCCCGACCCCAGACCUGGCUCACCUGCUGCCCCUGGAUGUCCCGCGAGACCCGGCGGUGCGAGAGAGCUGGGUAGAGCACUCCCAGAAUCCCCAGCAAGCUGAUCCAAUAAGCAUUGAUCAGGUCGGCCAGGGGAGGAGGGCAACCACGCCUGGUGGCAGCAGCAGACAGAAGAAAGAGGGUGGCAGGUCCACCCGCAAGGGCAGCGGGCACCAGGGGCAGCCCACCACUACUGAGGGGGAAGGGGGCAAGGAGGAGCUGAUCGGGGACCCCAAACUUCCACAUAGCUCCAGGGGGAGGUCCAAGGAGAGAAAAUCCGCCGAGAGCGGCCAGCCCAGCAGGAAAAGAGAGCCCGGCCAGUCCCCGAGAGGCCCCGGGCCCUCACAGACAAACUCAAAUGGGAACAGCGGGGACGGCGAGGCCCGGUGCAGCGGGGGAAAACAGCUGGAGCCAGAGCAGAGCAGGACCCGGCCCCGGGAGCUGGAAAGGGGCCAGGCAGAGAUCGGCGCCGGCCACCCCAACAAGAACACCAGCAGCGGCAGCACAGCAGGGAGGAAGGCCACGGUCUCUCCCGGGCCCUGGAAGAUCCCCGGCUCAGACAAGCUGCCCAGCACGCUGCGCUCCAGCACGUCCACCCUGAGCAGAUAACACCCCGGCCCCCCACCCCCACCGUGGCGGUCCGGGCCAGGGCCAGCCCGGAAUACACCACCACACCCAUAUGGACUACAGUGCACCCCCCCAUCCCAUCUGAACCCGCAGCCAGCGCCCCCACCUGGCCCCUUUUCCCCCCUCUUCCCUCUCCCACUGCCCUCAGAAGCAAGACCGGGGGCGGUUUGAAUCUGGAUCGUGUUGUUUUUAGAGGACCUUUCUUCGUUUUUAUUUAUAAAGCUGUACUCUAAAUUAUUUUGAGAAAUAUUUUACACCCACCACCUUAAAAACUGGAGGAUCAUCCACUUCUGAAAAUCAAAAAGAAAGAAGGAACCAAGCAAUGUGUGUGUGUGUAUGUGUGUGAGUGAGUGAGUGUGCACGUGCGCAUGUGUGUGUGUGUGUGUUUAUGUUUGUGUGAUGAGUGGCGGGGG